AUGACCCCUGGCCAGCCCUUUCAAGAGGCACAGUUUGAUCUUUUCGACUGGUACCCCCAGUAUCAAUCCUGUCUCUCCUUUUUCCUCGAGCGCGGCCAGCACACAAACGCCGUUCAAGCCGUUGCCGCAAUUGUCAACAUUCGACUUCCGUUUCAACAGAACUCGGCCUUCCUAAUGCAUUCUGCCAACUCUGGCUCUGCGUCCAGUCUUCCUCCCACCAAUGCCGGCGUUUCCUUAGUUCCCUAUGUGCGCCGUCUGGUUGCUACCGGGUUCGACACCAUCGCCAUUCUCCACGGCUUCUUUGGCGACAGCUGGGAUGCUGGAGUCGGCCCAAUACACGAGAGUGAGCGGAGAAACUAUCUCUUUGCGGCCAAGAGCGAAACUUGGCUCAGAGUCAAGGCUAGCUACGACUUGGAGGGCGGCCAGACUGUGCCCUUCUUGCGCCCCCUACAGAGCGUCACUGAGAAAGAGAUACAGGCGGCAGAGGCAAGCUGGAGUGAGUGGCUUGCCAUGCAAGAUUGGAUGCUGGGGCCCCGCGCGCCUCCAGACGGCCCUUCUCAAAUGCAUCAGGGCAAUUAAUGGAUCAUGAGGGCGGCAUGUGUUUUCACUGGAAUCGACGAUAUUUGUAAUGCCUAAUGAAGCGAAUCAGACAACAUGUGCAACGGAGAGGAGCAGCUACAAUACGGCUGAAUUCAAAGAACUCGGUAAUUUUACAAUAUUCUGCCACGUCUGAGACGGGGGGCAGAUCAUGGCUGGGCUGAGCCGAGCCGGCACUUUUUCAUAGGACAGCGAAAGAUGAAUAUAACUAGCAUUGCGUUCUUC